UUUCCUUUGCAUCUGUCGGAGGGUGCCCCGAGCUGAAGAGCAACACAUCCUGCCCAGGGCAGAAAAGCACCGAAUUUGGAGCGACAAGAUUUCAACAGACGGGGAGAUAAGACUGGAGAUCAGCAGGGCACAAUGUCAGAUUCCCUGGUUGUGUGUGAUGUGGAUCCGGCGCUCAUCGAGAAACUAAAGAAAUUUCGUUUCCAGAAGGAGACUAACAAUACAGCUUUAAUUAUGAAAGUUGACAAAGACAGACAACUGGUGGUUCUGGAGGAGGAAUUUCAGGACAUCUCCCCCGAGCAGCUGAGUGGCGAGCUACCCGAGCGCCAGCCCCGAUUUGUUGUCUACAGCUACAGAUACGCGCAUGAGGAUGGGCGGAUCUCUUACCCGCUUUGCUUCAUCUUCUCCAGUCCAGCUGGGUGCAAGCCGGAGCAACAGAUGAUGUACGCUGGAAGCAAAAACAGGCUGGUACAGGCAGCUGAGCUCACAAAGGUCUUUGAGAUCCGGUCCACAGAAGAGCUGACAGAGCAGUGGCUCAAAGAGCGGCUGGCUUUCUUCCGUUAACCGCGGGUCGCUCGGAGAAGACCAAGUUCUCCCUUAACCCCCCCCCCCCCCCCCCCCAGCCUCUAGAGACACCACCACAGGGUGCGCAGAGCAGAAGCUGCCUCCCCAUCAGCCUUUUGCUGGUAACCAAAAUGUCUGAGAAUAAAA